UGACAAGCAGAUCCAAAGGUGUGUCAGGAGAGCAAUAUAAAGUCAAAGUGUCAGAUGUCUACCCUGUAGAAGAUCACCAUGAUGCACUACUGAUUAGUCUGUGCAUUUGAGUCUUAUCUGUCCAGAAUUACAGUCUCCCAUGGGACUCAGGGCUUAUGGAGAAAGGAAAAUAAGAUAUAAUGUAGCUCUCAAGAGCAAUCAGUUUAAUAUGCUGAUGUUAAGCUUUAUUAGCUCAGUUCAGAUGUUUGAAACAAAUAAUUUUAGUGUAGCUACAUUAUUAAACAUAUUAGAAAUGGUGUUUCAUGCAGUGUCAUACUCAGGAUCACAAGACAUCUGAUUCAGUGUCUGCAUCAAAACUGCAAGGGGACUCUGACUCGAUCUUUGAGAUCUUUUGAUGCCUGAUGUCAACAACAGAUCACAUGACAUAAGCAAAUGGAAUCAGUUUGAUCUCAGACCAUGCAGCUCUGCAGAAAACCAGCAAGUUUGUGGUGGCAGAAUCAAUAAUCUUCAAUCCUGGUGUUAUGUGGGCUGGACCCUUUGCCUGUCCAUCUCUCUUGCAUGCAUCAUCCUCACUGGGACUCUUGGAAUAAAGUUCAGCAAGACAAAGAGUCUUAUGUGGGUUCAUUCUGUCUUCUUCUCUUUUGUCUGCUUUGGCUUUGUAGUGCAUCCAGCAAUGAUACUCAUAAUAGCUAUCGCAGUGUCUUCACUGCAUCAAAAGAUCGCAGACUGGUUCCAGAGUCUGAGUGUUAGAGAGCCCGUCACGGAGUUAUUAAGGCACGGGUGCCAAAAAAUGGAUACGGUCUUGUUCAGCCCAUACCAACAUCCCCAGGGAAGGAUAACACAUUUAGAAAAGACAGGAGCUCUGAGAGGUGCUUACUCUCUUAUUGGGAGUCCAAUCAUUAGAAAGAUUGAGAGCUCAUAUAAAUCAUCAUGCCAGGUAAUUGGCACAGUUACAAUGUUUGCGAAACAAACAAAGAGAACUAAAAAGUAAAAGCAUCAAACCACUACCUUUGAGUUGAUCUCUUGUGUCAGAGAUAUGGCUUUACUCCUCAUUGGCAAAGGAAAUCACAAGCCAGCAGACCAUCCUGUCCACACAAAUAGCUUAUAUUUGGCAGAGUUCGAGGAUCUCGUGGAUGAGCUGUUGUUUCAUCUCAGUGCCAUGUCAGACAGUCUCAACAACACCCACCAAGUCAAAGAAUGUACAUUUGAAACCCAGAGCAAUUUCUCUUUCCCAAUUUCUCAGCAUGAUCAUAGCUCAGACUAUGAGGUGAUUAUGUUAGUUCAAGACAGCACUCAACUCCUUCAUACUGUAACCUAUUUAAGUGGAUAUACAGUAAGUAAUAUUAUAUUAAAUGGCCUAAUUGGUGUAAUUGUUGUAGAGUGCGGCUUUUGAUGUGAACUGUAUGAGCAGCCAGAUGAAGAAACAACUGAUACAUAGACAUGAGUUGUGUCUCAUUAUUAUCAUAUGUGGAAAACACCUUAAGGUAGUAUUGUUGUUCAUUAAAUAAAAUACAGAGGAGAUACAACAUGCAUGGAUGUCAAAGUGAACACAAAAAUUUUUCUCUCAAUUCAAGGCUAUCACUUGAAUGCAGAAUGCCUUAGUACUUACGAAAAAUGCAGGAGGGAAGCCUUUCAAGAGAGACAAAGAAUUUCAGAAACCAUAUCAAAGAACACCUCAGAGAGUCUGAAAAAUCAGAGACUGAAAAAUCAGUUCUUUUUUCAAGCAAGCAGACCCAUAGUGCCCCAGUUAAGUGGGAGAGCACUGUGUCUACUAUUUUUUAUUUUUUUUACUCCCCUUUUCUCCCCAAUUUGGAAUGCCCAAUUCCCAAUGUGCUCUAAGUCCUUGUGGUGGUGUAGUGACUUGCCUCAAUCCGGGUGGUGGAGGACAAAUCUCAGUUGCCUCUGAGUCUGAGACUGUCAGUCCACGCAUCUUAUCACAUGGCUUGUUGAGCCCGUUACUGCGGAGACAUAGUAUGUGUGGAGGCUUCACGCUAUUCUCUGCGGCAUACACACACAACUCACCACACGCCCCACCAAGAGCGAGAAACACAUU